AUGGUGCGAAUUCCGGAGAAGGACCCUGGGGAGGUGGCGGCAGCGGCCGCAGCGGCAGCCACGGCCGGGGCCCUGGCGAAGGUGGCCGCCAAGCAGGCCGAGAAGGCUCCGGAGACCGCCGAUGUGGACAUGGCGGAUGCACCGGCUUCGACCCAGGUGUUAAGCAACGCCUCGUCCGUGCGCUUCUUCGUCCGCGGGCUCGGCAGCCUCGGCGAGCACCACCUGCGGGACUACUUCCAGAAGUUCGGCACCGUGGUCGAGGCAAGCCUGGUGCGGGACAAGAAGACUCAGCGGCCAAGAGGCAUGGCGUUUGUGUCGAUCGCACCCAAGAAGCCGGAGGAUGGUCCUGCGCCUACAGUGGACGAGCUCGUCGAGAUAAUUACAGGCGCAGACAGCCACAGCAUCAAGGAUGUGGAGAUUGAAGUGCAGGAAGCUCUUCCGAAACCUGAUGAGGAGAAGAAGGUUGAGCCGGAAAAGGAAAAGGAAGUUGAAGAGCAACCGGCACCUGUGCCACAGCAGAAGGAGGUGGCCCCGUUGCCAGCGAUUGACUAUGCCGCUCAAGCAAAGGCGCAGGCUCAGUGGCAAAUGCACUAUUUGGCGAUGGCGAUCAACCUCUCUGUGCCCGACAUGGCUGGUGGACCGCCGCCGCCGAAAGGCAAAGGCGGCGGAAAGGGCGCGGCCGAUGAACCCAACGGGGAUGGUGGCAGUCAAGCAGAGCAAACGGCGGGCACGGUUGCCCCGAGCCCGAAAGCAGGUGUACGCGCAGCGCCGUACUGA